GUUUUAUAUACCCUUUUGAUUGUUGCAUAUUUUCAGAUGCUAUUCUUAUUACUUGGACUAAUCCUACAGAACUUUGGUCCACUGUUUGUUUUUAAAUCUGCUGUUGAAAAUAAAGCUGAAUGAUUUAACUGAAGAGAUGGUUUGGCCAAUUCUUGUUUGCCUAGAUGAGUGAUAAUGUAAAAUACCGCUAGAGGGCAUACUAGGGCAGUUUUCAUCAAAGCCUCAGUUUUCUGUUCUUAGCUGACAAGAGGCACCCAAUGUGCACUCAGCUCAUUCUCCUCAAACAACAUCAAGACCGUGUCCAUCUACCCAGCUGCUGCUCACAGGAUAUUUUCUUACCUUUGAACAAUUCUUUGUAGAUCUGAGAAAUUGGCAUCCUGCAAAAGCUUGUAUAGUAGUACUCAGAAGAAGGAGUAGACUUAUCCGCAAUAUGUGUUGGUGUUUGCCUGUUAUUGUGGGUUUCCUGGUUGUGGGCCUCCCGUACUUUGUCUGUUUUGUGGUCCAGUGGUUCUGUGGCUGGCCAGACAUGCCUGGGUACAAAAAGUACAUAGAAGCUCUAAAUCCAAGGCGGAUAUACCGUUUGACCUUUGCUACGUUGGAUCUUCUUAAAUACUUUCAGUAUUGGAAAUUGCAUUUUCAGAUUAAGGCCUGGUAUAGAAACGAGGAGAACAUCAAGCACUGCAAAAAGGGCAUUGUUUAUGGGCGUCGAGGCAACAAGCUGGACUUGUAUUACCCCCCUAUACAGAAUACAGAUGAGCUUCCUCCUCUGGUCGUGUUUAUCUAUGGUGGUGGAUGGAGCACUGGACACAGAUCUACUUACUGUUUACUGGCGAGGCAGAUGGCUGAAGAACUGGAUGCAGCUGUUGUUUGUCCAGAUUACUGUACUUAUCCAAAGGGAAAUGUUCUAAUGAUGAUUCAAGAUAUUGCAGACUGUUUGAUUUGGGCACAAGAGAACGGACAGAAGUUCAGCUUUGACAAGGACAACAUUGUUUUAGUUGGCCAUUCAGCAGGUGCUCAUUUGGGUGCGAUGACUGCACUAUUUCUCCUCGACACACGAGAGGAGCUGGUGAUAGAGUCAAAGAAACAGCAGCAGAUUUUACAGUCAAUACGAGGAGUUAUUGGGAUGAGUGGUGUUUACAGUGUCAUGGACCAUUAUGAGCAUGAGAAGAAGCGAGGAAUUGAGUACGUCUCUUGUAUGUCAAGAGCCAUGAAUGGGGAGAAAAACUUUCCACACUACUCACCCAUGCAUAUAGUACAGAACCUUAGUGGUGACAAGUUGAGCAGAGCUCCGCGGUUCAUUUUGCUUCACGGGAAUUGUGACAUCAUUGUUCCGGUUGAGUCUUCUAUAAAGUUCUACAAGCUCCUCUCUUCGCUGUCCGGAAAUGUGUCGCUCCACCUGCUUCCUACCAUCAACCACACUGAGAUGGUUACUGACCUCAUGCUGUCAAGCAGGCGCUUCUACCAUCCGAUCUUCAGAUGCAUCGAACGUGAGUUCAGGAAACUCCUAGCCCUAAGCAGUGUUUCUUUUUCACGCUGCAUUCACCAGACAGCCAGUACGUCUCAGAGUUCAGCACAGAAAACGUCCUUCACCACCUGAGCCACAGCUGCCUGUUAUGAAAUCAAGACUGAAAAAGAUUAGCUGAAUACAAAGUGAGGUCAAACUUCACAUACCAGCUGUUUUAUUAAGAGACGUGCGUAUAAUACUAUGUUAAAAUAUUAUUAUUAUUAUUACUACUGGAGUCAAAUUGCAGAAGCAGUACCUCUUAUUCUUAGGCUACUGGUUUUGAAGUGAAUGCAGAUGCACAACAUUGAUCAUAUUAUUUGUUGUGUUAAAUAUAAUUUAUUUUGUAUGGUAAAAUCAGCUUGAAUGUUGUGAUGUUUAAUUUAAUACCAAUAGAAUAACAUUUAUGUUAUUGAUAUUAAAUGCACCUUAAGAAAUGUUGAA